CCCGCCGCCGCCGCCUCCGCCGCCGUUAGGAUCCCGUCCCGAGCCGGCGCGCGUGUACGUGAAUGGAGCCUACUACCCCAACUGGCGAAUCUACAAGCAGGAGACGCCUAGUUCGCUGCCGCUCAACCUGAUCUCGCACGUCUACUACGCGUUCGCGUGGGUGCGCACCGACGGGACCGUUUACCUCUCUGACGAAUGGGCGGACUCACAGAUGGAAGUGGACGGGUCGCCCGGGUGCCUUCGGUCCUUCGCGGCGCUCAAAUCUCAGUUCCCGCACCUAAAACUAAUCCUCUCGAUCGGCGGCGGCGGCAAAGGCAGCGAGCCAUUCGCGGCGGUAGCCGCCAACCCCCAAGCCCGCGAGAUGUUCGCGCACUCCUCUCGCGAGCUGUGCCUGUCGUACUCGCUCGACGGGAUCGACGUAGACUGGGAGCACCCGGCGGACGGGCGGCAGGGCCACAACUUCGUGCUGCUGCUCGAAGCCCUGCGGCGGUACCUGCCCGCGCCAUAUAUCCUUACGAGCGCGCUGCCCGCGGGGGAGUGGGCGCUGCAGCACAUCGCGCUGGCGGACGCGGCAAGGUAUCUCGAUUUUAUCAACUUGAUGACGUAUGACUUCUCCGGGCCAUGGACGGAUGCCAGCGGUCACCACGCGCAGCUGUAUGCGCCGCGCAGCCCGCACAACGACGCGGCCGCUACGUCGUGCGCGUCCUCCGUCACGUAUGUCCGCGCCAUGGGCGUCCCCGCGCACAAGAUCAUCCUGGGUAUUCCGGCGUAUGGCCGCAGUUUUCUGGGGUGCAGUGAUGUGGGACAGAGAUGUGCGGUGCAUGGCGGUGAUGAUGAGGGCACUUUCGAGUAUAAGGACCUGCCGAGGCCCGGCGCGAGCGAGCAUGUGGAUAUGGGCCUGGGCGCUGCGUACUGCUGCGGGGGCGACGGCGGGUUCGUGAGCUAUGAUAAUGCACAGACCGUGAGACAGAAGGCGGCGUAUGUUAAGGAUCAGGGACUCGGCGGGGUGUUUUAUUGGACAGCAACGGGGGAUGCUAAGGGGAGUAGGAGUCUGGUGGAAGCGUCGUUUACGGCUCUGCAUGCUGGGUAAGAACCAGACGGAAGGAGGAGGAGCGGGGAGCGGGGAGGAUAUGAGGGAUGACGGAUUUAAUCGGUGUUUUCUUCUUCUUUUCAUCUCGUUUUACCUUUUACUUAUUGUCUUUGGAGAUUGGAGGCGGGUGAUAUCGUGUGCUUAGUUGAGCUACCACAAAUGAAUUCCGGAUU